AGAGCUUCCCUGUCUUCUGUCGUCCGUUGCAUAACAGACAGAGAGGAAAAGUUCCUCUUUCUGUCUGUCUCCUGUGGAGCUGCUUCAGUUCUUGGUCCGCCUCUCUUCGUCUGCUCCAGCUGUCAUCAGAGCUAUUGUUGCUGAGAACCAUUUCAGGCAUUAUAACCCUGUGGAGCCAGAUAGUGAGCUUUCAGGUCAAAGGUGAGCAUAACAUCAAGAUCAUUGACUGCUUACAGAAGGUGGACUGAUGAGAAAGAUUUGCUGUUGUCAUUCGAAAACAUUUAGCUGACAGCAGACACCAUGCUCAGGUUUUCUCUUACAAUCGCUGUUACUCUGAUUAUCAGCGUUACAGCAAAGCCACAUAAACCAUUGAAUACAUUUAAAGAUGAAGCAUUCCAGGACACCGUUAUGUCGAUAGGUAAGGACGGAAAAAUGUCCUGGGGAGUGGAAGUGGAGCCCCCAGAGGAUCUGGAUGAAACUCUCUAUGACGUGGACCCAAGCAUGAAGAUCUGGAAGAGCAUGAUGGGCGGUAGAGAAGACAAACACCACAUGAAGGCAGAGGUAGACCUGGACGAGCUGCACCACCCUUCAAUAGCUGAACGGAUCAGAGCUAAACUCCAAAGCAUAGCAGAACACCGUAAAGCAGACUCUCGUGCCGAGUUUGUGGAAGUAGAGGAGGAUAAAGACAACGUGGACCACCCUGAUUUUGAGGUGGUUCCAGAAGACCCUGAGCAGGACUGGGAUGCAGUCUACAACACAGCUCAGGAAAAGCUGUCUGGAUAUUUGGCUCCACUUGUGGCUAAAUACCAAACCGGUGCAGAGGUGCGUCCUUUAUACUCUGAACCUGAAGAGGACAUGGAUGACCUGUACCACAAAGACUUCCUAGAGCCGGCCCUUCACCAAGACGAUGCCCAACCUGCUGAAGCUCUGGUUGAUCUGCCGUCGCAGAGGAAGCACAGCGAGCCAGAGGAAGACCUGGAUGAUAUUUACCACAAAUGAUUCUUUAACAACACCUCAAUCUUUGUAGAUAUUAACACGAAUCCAGAAAAACAAAGUCAUUGCAACAGUUAACAAAUGUAAUUUAACUUGUCUUGAUAUUAGAGAUACUGAAACACACUCAUCAGAGAUUCAUGCAUGUUUUUAUUUAAAUGUAUGUACAAGGUAGAUGAUUUUUACAAACUUUACAAAGACUGACUGCUUCUCAAAAACAUAGAUUAUUUAGAGCACAAAUUACAGUAACAAAAAGAAAACAUGUAAUUCAAGGAUUCAGCUGGAAACUGUUUGAACUUAUAAAAUGAGAUUUCUGCAAAACACUUCCCUUGAUUUUCACAGAAAGGAAUAAAGCUAAUCCAUAUGGCAACAUCAGUACUUUAAAAAGUG